UCACGCUCCUGUAUAAUCUUUUGUCAAAGGAGGAUUUAGCUAGUGUGGCUCAUGAGAUGAGCCACAUCGUGUGCAAUGUCACAUGACCGACUUUGAGCUCCCUAUUUCUAUGACCCCUGGCACAUGGGUUCCCGUUUCUUACAAUUCAAGCUUCUCUUCAACCUUUAGAACGCCCACUGCUGUGUGCCCUAACUCAUGAGACCUUUACUCUCUAUCAUACUGAUAUCUACUAACACAUACCACGGGGUAUAGGGCUAUUCAUCUAUACCAGUCGUUCCUAUAUGUUAUUGACGUUGCAUCGGCCAUGUACUGUCCUUCUACCACAUCACAGCGUCUACUCCUCGCUGUCGCAUUUAUACAAGGCCUACUUGCCUUAAGUAUUGAAGGCUACGUUCUUGUUACCGUUGAGGUUGACCUUGACCCGGCAGCCUACCAGGUCUUCUCUGGGCACGCAGUACCUAUGUACUUCUCCCUCUUCAUUUUCGCCUUUGUGCACGAGAUUGUCAUCGUCUACGAUGCAUUGCGUCUGAGCAACAUGAUUCAGAUCGUGGGGCUCUGUAUCUACAACAUCCUGCUGCUUGUUUAUGCAAUUGUUCAGCCCUUACACGUCAAAAAAGCCUUGGAUACCCUCAGUGCCUCGUUGGUCAUGGGCGAGCGUCCUAUUUUGCCACUUGGACUCCAUACAUGGGAACGUGUUAGCCUAGCUUUGAUGGCUGUGGUCCUGGUGCAGGUGGUAGCCACAGUUGUGACGUGCUUCCUUGCCUACAAACUGCAUUUCGAGUUCGCUUGGGUUAUGUACAGGGUUCUCCAUGCCGAGCUAUCAAUGAGGCGACGACUUCUGACCUUUCAAGCCCCGCAGAUAUACAUGGCUCUUAUCAAAUUUAGCGUUUUCUUCCUCCUGGGCUUUCUGGUUCAGGUAGCUGUCCUGAUGGUCUCCCAGGCCGACCCCGAGUUUGGACUCUCCAUUAGCGGCAUCUUUGUUACCCUAUUCGUGGUUUGGAUGGCGAUCAAAUUCGCCCUAGAAGAGAAAAAGAUCGGCACGACACUCGUCAUUCUUGCAUAUCUUGGUGCUGCAGGUUAUCUAGCUUACAAGCUUUCCGUCUUUUACAAUAGCGGCAACUAUGCACUAGUUGUGUUUACGGCUAUUACCCUUGUUAUUAUAUGUUGUACUGUUGUCAUGGCGAUCUGCUGUAUGUCCAACUUUCACAAAGGGCUGGUUGUCUAUAUUACGCCCCAACAGAAGGUUAUGGAAAAUGACGUCCCUCUCCGCUAUGCACAGAACACCUCAUAUCGAUUAGAGUCUCUAAGAAUGGACCUUGACUAACGGUCCCUAUCUAUUGUUGUUUGUAGAGCAUAGAGAAGAAUAUGAUUUCAGAG